UAAAAUAAAUAUAUUUUACAGACUGUGCCCUAAUAAUAUCAAAAUGUCCGGAGCUGUGGCCAAUAUUGCUAAGAAGAUUGUCCCCCUCUUUGAUCGGGUUCUUGUUCAGAGAAUCGCUGCGGAAACAAAGUCUAAGGGCGGAAUUCUUAUCCCCGAGAAAGCCCAGUCCAAGGGUCUCGAGGGUACCGUGGUGGCAGUAGGACCUGGAGCAAGGAACGAUGCUGGAACCCACCUACCUAUGGCUGUAACAGUCGGCGACAAGGUUCUACUACCAGAAUUCGGAGGCGCAAAGAUGGAAAUUGAUGGAACAGAGUUCCAUCUGUUCCGUGAAACAGAUAUCAUUGCGAAGCUUCACGAAUAGAUCUACACCACAACAAUCCCUUAGUCGCAGCGCACCAACAUCAUGGACACGGGCUCAGUCCAGGCUGAAUACUGGGAGAUCUCAACACCUCGACGGAACCUGUUUCAUCCCUGUCUAGGUCUUCAGAUCUACCAGCUGGAUCCACUCUAGCAGUUUCAUUGCUAGGAUCCUUUUAUUCUCUCUCUUGUAAUAUUUUUAUAAUAAAUGCUCGACAGAUGAAA